AUGGUGAAUAAAGCUAAUUUGGUUCCGACCAUCCCCCUCCCCCCACCCCCCAAGACCGUCCCCCUCCCCCCACUCACUAGCACACCUCCUCCCCCCCCCCCCCCCCGCUCUCCGGCCAACAAAACGAUGUCGUCCAGCGCCGACUCCCCGUCCCCCGCCGCCGUAGAUACAACGCCGUUACUCGCCGACCAGAUCUUCCGCGCCCGCCGCCGCCCCCGCUUCCUCCGCCGACCACCCAGCCUCCGCGGCGCCGCUAACUUCCUCCGUCGCGCCAGCAGCCGGAGCCGCGCCAUGCGCGAGCCCUCUGUCCGCGUCCGAGAAGCAGCCACCGAUCAAAUCGAGGAGCGGCAGAGUGAUUGGGAACAUCGCCUUCGUAAUCGUCUCGAUUUCGGUGCUGAUUAUGAGCCGGAACGAGACGCCCUCGAUGCCGUUAAGGCUCUGGACUGUGGGUUUGUGUGUGUGUCUGAUAGAGAGAGAGAGAGACAGGGGGUUAAGGGCGGCGGCGGCGAUGAUGCUGCGGUCGCCGGAGAAGGAAGAAGGGGUGGGGGUUUGUGUGUGUCUGAGUGAGAGAGAGAGAGACAGGGGGUUAAGGGCGGCGGCGGCGAUGAUGCUGCGGUCGCCGGAGAAGGAAGAAGG